AUGGCUAUGAAGAAGCUUUCGGAGCUCACUGGUUACGAUCUCACUAGUUACGACAUUACAGGUAUCAUUGCCAGCGUCUUCGCAGAUAGACCUUCUUAUGGCCUUGAAGAGAGCAGGCACGCUCCCAAGAAAGGGGCCCGUGACAGUUAUUACCAGUGUCCUUCUCCGGCUCUCGGCAACGAGGAAAAUUUCACGCUCCCCUCUUCCCUGUCUCCUUCCAUUUCUCUCUCUGCAUCCUCUCAUCCUUCUUCUUGUUGCAACACUUCUCCAGUCACCACCACGAGACAUCAAGCAAACAUGGGCACUCCUAUUGCUGAUGUGGAUGACACUGCUGGCUUCAUGGAGGCUGCUCGUGCUUUCAAGCUUGAGAAAGAGUACGGCAAACCCCCCACCGCGUCUGAGGACGAGUCAUCCGAACAGGAUGCUCCUCAGUUUAUGGAGGAUCUCGGUGAUGCCGAAGAGCCUGUUGAAGCAAAUGGAGGCUUCGAAUCAGACGGAGGUUUUGGCUUGAACGAAGCUGUUAGAGAUUCAUCUCCUCCCCAGUCUUCGAUUGUUGACCCCAAGACCGAGGAACAACAGCCUGAAGCCGAGCAGGUUUGUGAGAACCGUGAGGAUUUGAUGACCUUUCAGUCGUGGGGCGCUCCUGGGGCUCGCGACAAGCCGGCUGCUCAGAUCAGACGUGUUAUUAUCAAAGACCUCCCCUCUUCGUGGCGCUCCCCCGACAAGGUCCUGUCUCUAAUCCACGGCGGACUGAUCGAAAGUGUCUCGGUCACACCUACCGGGAACGCGCAUGUGUUGUUCUGCGAUGCGGCCGCUUGCAAGGCAUUCUACGAGAAAUACCCCAACGGCAUCGACCUCGACAAAGAAAGAAAGCUCACUGUCUUUGUUAACCUGGGCCAAGAGGUGGACGUGGUCAGCUCGCAGCUUUCCUUCUCGCUGGCUGCAGGAGCUUCUCGUGUUGUUCGCGCUGUUGGCGUGGAAAUGAACGUCACCCUGGGUGAUCUCGCCAAAUUUGCAACUGCAGGAAACCGCAAAGUCGAGAAAAUCAUUGACACUUAUGUCCCCGGAAGUGCUCGCUCUGUUAGCUUCCGCUUUUGCAACAUUCUUGACGCUGUCCGCUUCAGAGCUGCUUUUGUUCGCGUUGAAGCGUAUGAGCAAUGCAAUGUUCACUACGCUUCUGAUCCUUGCGAAGUUGCUACCGGUUAUCACGCGGACUAG